GCGGUCCGCAUAGCAACGGUACACUUUCGUUUGUUCGUAGUUUCGAGUCCCAAACACGUGCGAUUUGUUUAUAUCCCAUUACCUCUUUGAAAUUUCCUCAAAAUCGGACAAAUUUACGUAAUUAUUGUUUUAUAAGUGAAAUGUUUCAAUAAUUGCAUCAGCGAAUGCGUUCAAGUGAGACUGGCUAUGAUUUCCUGAUUUUUGAUGGAAAAAAAGUAAACAAACUUAAAAUUUAUUAAUAUGUCGGUGAAGGAAUGGUUUCGGCAGCUUCAGCCGGUGCAGCUGUAUGUAAUCCUCACCAUUACGAUUUUAUUUUUCAUCGUUGAACUGGUGGUCAGCCAUAUAACGCACAGCCUCACUUUAUUAAUGGACUCCUACCAGAUGCUUUGCAAUAUAUUCGCCUUAACGGGAUGCCUCAUAUCAAUAAAGCGCGGUUCUCAUUCCACCACCCUGAACGGCAACAGCGCAAAUAAAUCCGACAGCGUUGCCAGUAAUAUAGGGGAAGAACUGACGUCGAAAAACCCCAACGGUUGUCAGGAUACGAGCCAAUCGAAAGCCUCGAAAGCAAAACAAAACAAGUUGAAAAACACUUUUGGUUGGGCCAGAAUUGACGUGCUAUCCAUGUUGUUUUGCUGCGUUUUUCUCGCGUCAGUGUGUUUCUCCACGUUUAUCGAAGCUAUACAGACUUUGGUGCAUAUAAGUCAUCAGGAUGAGAUGCACCAUCCCAUACCGAUUUUGUGUAUAGGUUGCUGCGGACUCGUAAUAAACGGCCUUUCGUAUCUUUUAAUCGGUGGAUUUACUUUCCAUCAAGGCAGCUUUUUGUACGUCACAGCAAGCGGUGACGUUGUAUUGAACAAAGUGGUGGUAGGCGAUGUAAGGAGUGGCGCAAGGAGGCUAUCAAGGACCAAAAAUGUCCGACCUUCGAGUUUAAACCCUAGAGAAAGACAGGGCGUAAAAGAAAUGAUAAGAGACGUGGCUAGCUGCGUUUUGGUGAUGAUUUGCGCUGUAUUGGUGUAUAUUGCAAAUAAAAAUGAAUACGCAAAAUAUAUAGACCCUAUAAUAGCUCUAAUAUCAGUGGCGAGUCUUAGUAUUUUAAGCUAUCCUUACAUGAAGGAAAGCUGUUUUAUACUAUUGCAAACAAUCCCAGACACCAUCGACAUAGAAUACCUCAAACAAGAGCUUUUAAAUCAUUUCCCCGAAAUUCUCAACGUCCACGAUUUUCACGUGUGGCAACUAACAGCCUCCAAGAUAAUUUCCACUGUACAUAUUAUUUUCCAAAACCCAAAAGUAUAUCAUAGAAUCAUGAACGACGUAAAUGAAUUUUUCAUUGAAAAUGGAAUCACGCAGGUGACGAUUCAGCCUGAAUUUUUCACGAGUGCUGAAAGUAUUGAAAGUUUGGAGUCUGAAAAGGCGCCGCUAUGUUUAGUGCCUUGUCAAUGCGAAGGAUGCCAAAUGAAGAUGUGUUGUAAUCAGACUGAUGGUUUGAGUUUGAGGUCCUCAAGAGAAAUUAUUGACCCAUCGGUGAAAAAAUCGACGGAAACUUUAAAUUCAAACAAGACUGAGGAUGAAGCAGUUAAGCCAAAUGGGGUUAUAGUGACCCCCAUGUAAAUAUGUGUAACAAAAUUUUGACUGAUAAUUUUUAGUUUUAGUUUGUAAAUCUUAAAUAUUAUUUGACUACUACUCUCAGGUUAUAAAAGAAAAUUUUAUUGUUUAUGCACUUUUUUUACAAAAAAAAUUAUGUUGCAUAUAACUGUACUGUACUGUAUAUUUUAAUAAAUUUAUUGACCAAUAA